AUGGAUGAGGAUCAGGGUCCCUCGCAGAUUGUGCCGCGGACGACACCCAAGAGAACUCUGGCCGAUCGCCUAAAUGGCGUCAAGAAGACCUUCCUCACCAAGGAUGGCAUUCUUGGGUCUUACGACUAUGGCUUCCUCUUCCGGCCCAACCUGCCGUUCAUGAAAAAGUCGCGCCGGGCAUCCCCUUUCUUCGGGCUCAACGACAAGAUGCCCGUCGUGCUGGCUCUCCUGCUAGGCCUCCAGCACUCCCUGGCGAUGCUGGCUGGUAUCAUCACACCUCCCAUCAUCAUGGCGGGAGCAGGGGGGGCGAACCUCGAUGCUGACUCACAACAAUACUUGGUCUCGACCGCACUCAUCGUGUCGGGCAUCCUCUCCAUGAUCCAGAUCACGAGGUUUCACAUCACGAAAACACCGUUACCACUCACCAGCGCCACCAGGUACUAUAUCGGCACUGGAUUGAUCUCGGUCGUUGGUAUCUCGUUCUCCAUUGUACCAGUCGCGACAGGUGCCUUUGCUCAGAUGUACGCCAACGGGUACUGUCCCGUGGCUGAGGAUGGGGUCACCAAACUGCCUUGUCCGGAUGGCUACGGGGCCCUUCUGGGGACCGCGGCCGUGUGUGCUCUUGUCGAGAUCUUGAUCGCCUUCAUACCACCGAAAAUCAUGCUGAAGAUCUUCCCCCCUAUCGUCACUGGCCCGACUCUCAUGCUCAUCGGUAUCAGCUUGAUCGAGAAUGGCUUCAAGGACUGGGCUGGUGGCAGCGGAUCUUGCGCCGAUGCUGAUCACACGGCGUACUACAACGUGUGCCCGAAUGUUGGCGCCCCUCACGCCUUGCCGUGGGGCUCGCCCGAGUACCUAGGCCUCGGGUUUUCAGUCUUUCUCGCCAUCAUCCUAUGCGAGCGUUUCGGUUCCCCCAUGAUGAAGUCGAUGGGUGUCAUCAUUGGUCUUUUGACGGGCUGCAUCAUUGCCGCGGCCACGGGAUACUUCAACAAGAGUGGAAUCGACGCGGCACCGGCGGUGUCCUUCAUCUGGGUUCACACCUUCAAACUGACAGUAUACGGCCCUCUCGUGCUACCCAUGAUAGCUGUCUUCAUCAUCUCCGCCUGUGAGGCCAUUGGCGACAUCACGGCUACCUGUGACGUGUCUCGUCUCGAAGUGGAAGGCAGUAUAUACGAGUCUCGUAUCCAAGGGGGCGUGCUGGCUGAUGGCGUGAACGGCAUUCUCGCGGCGCUCAUGACCAUAAGCCCCAUGUCGACAUUCGCCCAGAACAACGGUGUCAUCGCCCUGACGCGCUGUGCGAAUCGGACUGCUGGAUACUGCUGUUGCUUCUUUCUCAUCGUCAUGGGCAUCUUCGCCAAGUUUGCUGCGGCACUCGUUGCCAUUCCUUCGGCGGUCCUUGGUGGCAUGACCACAUUCCUGUUCUGCUCGGUGGCCGUGUCGGGGAUUAGCAUUAUAUCCCGGGGGUUUCCCUUCAACCGCAGGAAUCGCUUUGUUCUGACUGCUGGGCUCGCCAUCGGCUACGGGGCCACGCUGGUACCGACCUACUUUUCCAACGUGUUCAGCUAUAGUGGCGACAACAAGAGCCUUCAAGGGUUCCUGGAUGCCAUUGUACUCGUCAUGGAGACGGGCUUCGCCGUCACGGCGUUUGUGAGCAUGUUUUUGAAUCUCACGCUCCCUGAAGAAAUCGACGAGAUCGAAGAGGAUCAGGUGGCCGCCACCAGUCCUGUGAUGACCCAGGGAGCUCCCAUGAACAUCUACGGAAGAGACAGCGACGGGCUCGCUCCGGCAGAGGAAGACAUGUACAAGAAGAGGGAGGCUUAG